AUGAGGGUGGGCACCCUCCUGAGCCUGCUGUUCCACUCUGCAGCUGCUUUCCACCAACUGCAUUACCUGGUGGUGAUCCCUGCAGACCUCCACGCCCCAUCCACACAAGUUGCCUGCCUCCACAUGACCUGUUACGAGGCAAAGCUUCAGGUGAAGCUGACCCUGGAGCGCUCUGCGGGCCGGGAGCUGCUGGUGCAAGAGACCAUCCAGAAGGAGAAGACCUUCAUGUGCACCAAGUUCUGGGUUGCACCUCCAGCUGAUGGCACAGAGGAGAUUGCCACUGUCAGACUGACCAUCACGGGGGAAGGGGUCAGCACUGAGGAGGAGAAGAAGGUCCUGAUCCGCAAGGCCAGCAGUGGCACCUUCAUCCAGACAGACAAGCCCACCUACCAACCAGGGCAGAGAGUGAGGUUCCGUGUUGUGGCUCUGGAUGAGGAGUUCAUGGCUCUCAACGAGUCGAUUUCCCUGUUUCUCCAGGACCCCAAGAACAACCGUCUGGAGCAGUGGCUGGACGUGGUGCCCCAGGACGGCAUCGCGGAGCUGUCCUUCCAGCUGAGUGAGGAGCCUCUGCUGGGGACAUAUGUCAUCAAUGUCACCAGUGCCAAGGCAUCUGGGAGCUUCUCCGUGGAGGAGAAGGUGCUGCCAAAAUUUGAGGUGAUCUUUGAGGCACCAGAUGAGGUUUAUGCACUGGAUAAAUCCUUCCCGCUGCGGAUAUGUGGCAGAUAUGCCGAUGGGAAAGGCAUCCAGGGGAUGCUCCACGUGAGCCUGUGUCAGAAGAUAGCCCCAUUCCUGCCCAGUGCUUCAAAACCUGACCUCUGCCAGGAGUUCAGCAACCAGACAGAUGAGACAGGUUGCUUCUUCUCCAACGUGAGCCUGUCCUCCUUCAGUCGAGACUUUCGGUACUACCAGGACAGCAUCGUGGCAGAGGCCGUGCUGGAGGAGGGUGGCACAGAGGCACACGCCAACGCUUCCCACGAGCUGCUCAUCUCCAAGAUCAGGGGGCUGGCCUUGUUUGAUGAUGUGAACUCUUACUACCACGCUGGAGAGAUCUACAGGGGGAAGAUUAAAGUCAUUGACUACCAAGGCAAGGCACUGAAGCACCAAGAAGUCCUCCUCGUAGUAAGCUGUGGUGGGCAGCAGUUCAAGCAGAAGUACCUCACUGGGGACUCUGGGACAGCUUCAUUCAGCCUGAACACGACUGCUUGGAACAGCUCCUCCAUCUCCCUGGAGGCGAGUGUCCUGCAUCAGGAUUUGGAUAGAGAGCCUGGGACAGUGGAUUUGAGGUACCAGCGAGCCUCUCAUUUCAUACAACCCUUCUACAGCACCAGCAGGAGUUUCCUCUCUAUCGUCCGUGUGCCAGAAACAAUCCCCUGUGGUGAAAAGCAGCCUGUCCAGGUGGACUUCAGGAUUUACCAGGAGGACCUGGAUCAUGGGCCCAAGCGUGUCAUCUUCUCCUACUUUGUCACAGGGAGAAGAGGGAUAGUCCAUGCAGGUCAGAAGACUGUUUGGGCUGGGCUGCCAAGAAUGCUGAAAGGCUUCUUCUCCAUCCCUAUUACCUUCAGCUCCAUCUAUGCCCCAGCUCCAAGACUUCUUGUUUAUGUUAUCUUCCCAAAUGGGAAAAUCAUCACUGAUUCUGCCACCUUCAGUGUCUCCCCGUGCUUCAGAAAUAAGGUGGAGCUGAGCUUCUCCACGCCAGAGACUCUGCCUGGCUCACAGGUUGGUCUCCAGCUCCUGGCAGCCCCUGGGUCCACGUGUGCUGUCUGGGCUGUGGAUCCCAGUGUCCUCCUGGAGCCAGGAAAAGAGCUCAGCAGCUCCCUGAUCUAUGGGCUGUUCCCAUCUGUCUAUAGCCCCAGGUAUCCUCCUCAGGUGUCUGAAGAUGAUCAUUCAUGUUCGGCCCCAAAUUCUGAUGAGCCUGAUGUGUUUACAACAUUCAGGGACAUGGGGUUGAAAAUUAUGUCCAACACUGCUAUCAGGAAACCCAGAGUGUGUCCAACCACUCCAUCGCCAGCUCUGCUGCAGGACAGGGGAGUGUUUACUUCCAGGCCCAUGCUGAUGUUGGCCCAGCCCCAGAAAGCCUCCAGCACAGAGCAUCUGACAGCAUCUCCCUCUCAGCCUGCUGUGUUUUCACCUGGUUCUGCAGCUGAGGAGACAGCACACAAGCAUUUCCCCCAAACCUGGAUAUGGAGUUUGUAUUCUCUGGGUCCCAGUGGGAACAAGAACAUCACUGUCACUGUGCCUGACACCACCACGGAAUGGGAAGCAGGGAUGUUCUGCACAGGACGUGGUGGCUUUGGACUUGCACCAGCCUUCAGGCUGCAUGUUUUCAAGCCUUUUCAUGUGGAGCUCCCACUGCCAUCUUCUGUGGUCCAGGGUGAGACCUUCCUUUUGAAGGCAACAGUCACCAACUCCCUGCAGCGAUGCAUGAAGCUCAGCGUGGCCCUGGAGGAGCUGUCACUCCUGCAGCUGAGGCCGUGCCAGGGCUGUGUCUACAGCCGCUGCCUGUGUGCUGGUGAAGCCAAGACCCUCCAGUGGAGCGUCACAGCCGAGCGGCUGGGGCUCACAAACCUGACUCUCAGCACAGAGGCCGUGGCCACCGAAGAGCUCUGUGGUGGAGAGAGACCAUUUGUCCCAGCCCAAGGACAGAGAGACACGAUCAUCAAACUCCUGCUGGUCCGGCCGGAGGGAGUGGAGAUAGAAAAGGCUCACAGCUCCAUCCUGUGUCCCAAGAAAGGGAAUCCAGCACAGGAGUCUGUGUCCUUGAUGUUGCCUCAAAACGUGGUUGAAGGUUCAGUCAGAGCCACUGUCUCAGUCACUGGUGACCUGCUGGGGACAGCCCUGCAGAACCUGGACCGCCUGGUGCAGCUGCCCCACGGCUGUGGGGAGCAGAACAUGGUGCUGUUUGCCCCCAUCGUCUACGUGCUGCAGUACCUGGAGCAGACGAGGCAGCUGAGCCCCGAGAUCAAGGAGAGGGCGACAGGAUUCCUGAGGAAUGGCAAGUCUGGAUGGGGAAGUGCCCUUGGCUGCCUACAUCACUGCUGCAUACCUGGAGGCAGGAGAGACACCAGAGGUAAAUAUUUGGAUUCUUUGCCAUGCUCUUGCCUUAAGCACCCCGUGGUGCGCAGGGCGCUGGGCUGCCUUGCUGCUGCCCUCCCGACAGCCACCAGCACCUACACCCAGGCCCUGCUGGCCUACACCUUCGCCCUGCUCGGGGACUCCCGACGGACACAGGAGCUGCUUGACAUCCUCCAGCAAAAGGCCAUCAGAGCAG